UUCGGUAAACCGGAGCUUCGCAACAAGGAUCAAUAGAAUACAAGAGUAGAAAAACUGAGCUCUUUAUUACUUAACUAGACCUUAAUGGAACUUACUUUCACUGCAAAUAAUCAUGAAAAUGGUAGAGUAUUGGUUUACCACCAUUUGAAUUGAAUUUAAGCUGUUGCCCAUGAUUUGCUGGAAGCUGACUGUUUAACUGAUUGAAAAGACAGUGCAGUUUGGUUUAUUGUAUGUGCAGAAGCAGGGCUACAUGUAAGUGUUUCUUAAUAUAAUGACUUUUAAGUUUCAAGGCACACUGUAAUUAAUAUACUGUAAACUAUAAUUUAGUUGAGGGGUAAAAUAUACUUACAAAAAAUACCCCCUUAACCAAAUUGCUGUCAUUUCUUUUGAAGAAGUUCAGUAAAACUUAAAAAAAAAAAAAAAUGCACUUCAUGAUUGUAAAAGAAAUAAUAUGUCUUUAAAUUAAGGCAUAACACAGUAUGCACAAAAAUGUAAGGUUUUUGAUGACAAGCAGCCAUCCCAACUGAAAUACUGUACAAAUGCUGGUUACCCUUCAAAAUACAGGAACUGUAUUACACUGUAGCCACACUGUGCUUAUGCAUUUGUUUAAUUAUUGAAUGCAAUUCCAUGUCAUUACUGUAUGGAGCUCCUUCUUCACAAUGACAUGGUUGUGUGCUAAGUGUAGUAAAUGGCAACUACAAGUACAGUGUACCAAAGAAAUAUUAAUCUAGCUGUAUUUUAAGUGCAUCCUAAAUACAAAACUGUGGUUUACAUGCUGCAGUACACCAAUACUGUAAAUAUAUGUUGUCCUAGUGAGAGAUACAUAGUCAGUUCCUUCUUGGAAAUGGUGAUUUCCAGGUGGGUGACCUAAAAGAGCCUGCCAUGGUCUUUGGGGAUGCUCAGCCUUUGGGAACCCAAUCAGAUUGAUGUCACUCAGUAAAAGACAAAUUCAUGAGGAGAGCUUUACAUCUAGAGCAAGGCACACAGCUAAUGGUCCAAAAAUGGUGAGUACAUUUGACAUAUUUACUGCUGAAUGCAAUAUCUUACUCAAAACUUUGAUUAGCUGGCACCAUUUGAGCUGUAUUAGCAUGUUUUAACACUAGAAUACCACAUCAGAAUGUGAGCUCAUGUGGUUGUACAUGACGUACCUGAGAAAUGCAUUGUUACUUGGGAAUUAACAGGCUUGCAAAAGCUUAGACACUUUUUCAAAGCCUUUACUUCAGUCUGUAAUUCAUUAUUUCCAUGUUAAUGUUAAUUGCUUUUUCAAGCUGAAAUUAUAUGAGUGGAAAGUACAUGUAUUUGCUUUGUCACUCAUUAAAUAGUUUUGUGUUUACCGGGACAGUUCAGGGCAGUGUCUUUAAUAUACACAGUAAUACAUGCAUAGUAUAUUCAGUCUAAAUAUAUCACUACGUAAAGAGGCCUGUUCAAAAUAUGAGCUCCUCAAAAAUGGUAUGAAGCUAUUCUAUCAAAAAACUGAUUAACUAGUUUCCAAAUGCAAAUGGAAAAUGUUUUUCUAUACAAUAUUGGUUUCAUUUCUCUUAUUGCUUAAAAAACAGUGCAUCCUCUUUACUUCAUUAUCUGAUUUACACAUAAUAAUAAUAUGUAUUUUUUUAAAUAGCAAUUGAAACCACUGAAUUGGUGAAAAACCCUUAUACAGGAAUAUAUAGGCCUUUUACAAUACAAUGUAACAUGGCCUAAGAGUGAAUUAACCUAUUUAGUGAAUUAUUGAAUCGGGGAAAAAUUUAGGCAGCUCUGUACAGAUUAAAAGCACAAAACACACUUUAGGCACAAAUGUUCAAAAGCUCAAGGUACUGAAUUCAGAAAGUGUUUCUUUUCUCAGUACGGGUUCAUCAACACACCAAUAUGAUGUCAAGUAAGACCGGGUUCCACGCCUGUACGUCCUGCAGGGCCAACAUCCCUCAGGAAGACAGGCACACCCUCUGUGCGCGUUGCCUGGGUGUCCAACAUGCCACCUUGGCCCUCGAGAGAGAGGUGGCCUGCAGUAUCUGCGUGGCUUUUCAGCCCCGGGUGAAGGAGAACAGGUUGGAGUGGGCCACAAGGGUGAGUUCCGCGUCCUCAGUGGCCGGACCGUUGGUGGCUCUUGGAGCCCCAGAGCCCCUCCUCCAUGAACUGUCCCAGGACCCCCUGCUGGACAUCCCCGGCGCACAGGCCUCCCAUAGCCACUCCCCAUCCCCACAGACGAGAAGGGUGAAGCGGUCUAAACAGGCCAGGGACAUUAUGGACCUCAAGGCAGUCAAGGCCCCGCCGGUGGGAGGCUUAGCCAGAGACCCGGCGUGUCCGAACCCGCAAUGCAGGGUGAUGGAGACGCACCUUAAACGGGUGUACAAAGCGGAGGCACAGGUAACCCGCCUGACGAACACGGCAGGUAUACUGACGGCCUAUAUGGACAGCGUCCUGCGUGAGGCCCCACUCCCUGAGCCGGUGGCCACCGAACUACGCCUCCUGUCCAGCAUGCUGCUACAAAUAUUCCUGCCUUCAAGGACAAGCUCUUGGCUGGAGUCUGGCUAGCCUAGUGGUGGCUCGUAGACAGCUGUGGCUGUCACAAGCCAGAGUUCCUGACGUGCUAGAGUUCCUGCUAGAUGCGCCUAUAUCCCCAGGACAUAUCUUUGGGCCAGCCGUGGAGGAGAUCUUGCAGAGAUUCCACAUGGAACACUAGGUGUCCCGGCAGGUGGUCACGUUGUUCCCUCCCCGCGCUCCCACGUGGGGCAGAUCGAACCGCAGAUGAGUUCCUCAGACGCGGAGUGUCACCUCGACAGUUCCAGUUCCCAUGGCUCCGCUGGGUGACCUAAGGCAUCGCCUACAGGGCACACCAGUAGCUAACAACCAGCCCCUCCCAACAAGCAGGGGAAACGCAGAUCAUGGCCAGUCCACACACCAGAGUCCCAGGAGGUGGUUCCAGGGCCACCACCCUAGGCAGCCGUCCCAGACCGACCCGCCACAACCCUAACAGCCCCAGAAGGGCCCCUGGAGGCUUGUGGCCUGAGACCCCCUUCUCUGCACACCAGCUGUUCUUUUCAUUUGCAGGAUGUGCCUGUUUAACCUGACACUUUCCUGAUUUUUUUUUUUUGUUGUGGUUGCUAUUAAAGGUAUUAUAGAAGCUGUGGCAAAAGACUUCUUCAACAGUGAAGUGAACAUGACCAUCCUGAAUCAAUCCGAGGAGGAGGAGCGCACAGGGCAGAAGGAGCAUGUGGUGUUUCUGGUCACCCAAAAGAAAAACGUGCAGAAAAGAAAAGCAAAGGAAAGAGGAGGAAAAGGCAUGGAUAAACUACGGGACAAAGAGGUUUCUCAAUACUUUAGUUGUUUGGUGAUCUAAUCUGUAGGCCUAGUGUGUGUGUGUGUGUGUGUGUGUGUUUAAGUCUUUUUUAAGACUUACCUGAUGUAUAACUGUAUUAUCAAACUGCAAACCAUUAUAUAUCUUCUCUUUCCACAGUAUCUCCUAUAAAUUGGUUAUACUAUGCGUUUACCACAGUUACCAAGACAAAGCUAUAGAUGAAAUGUUGAUGCUGUUUCCUAGUACCUAAUCAUGUAUUAUAGUUCAAUCUCACUACAAUGAUCUAGCAGCAAACAGACCGCGUGGUCUAAAGCGAAGAUACCAGAAUGCAGCAGUAUUUCAAUAGGAUUGUACUUGAUAUGUACGCAUGUUCUAAAUUACCAUAAAAAUGAGAAAACAGAAGAUUCCCAGCACAAUAAAAGGGGGAUGAUUAUUAUUGCUAGUAAAGCUAAUAGGAGGUAAGACAAUUUACAAUUUACUACUUGUUUCCUGGCUUAUCACAAACACCUAGCCCAUUACGUAAUCUCUACAGUAUAUCACUUUAAAACUCUAUAUCGCGUAAAAUGUAUAUGUACAGUAGUAUUAUUUAAUUGGCAGUUUUUUAUUUGAUUUAGUUUGUGGGAGAGAUUUAACAAAGCAAUCCUUACAUAUUGUGCAAUUCACCUUGUGGUUGACAACCAAAGCAACAAUAUUUUUGUUACCAAAUUGCGAUUUUUAGCUAGCACAUAGAAAAUGCUAUCGUUGGAUUAUUUCUGCUCUACAUGGCCAUUUUGCUAGCCAUGGACUGUCAUUAUUAUUACUGAGUUAAGAGAAAUGUUUCAAAAAGUAAUUUCCAUUCUAUUUGUGUUUCCGUGCAGGAGAGUUCGAAGUGUGUACCAUACUAUUCAGUAACAUUGUGACAUUUACCAACAUAUGUGCAGAUGCAAUGAACCCCAGCAGAAAGAGCAGUAAAGUGGAUUUAUGGCAGAUGAAACAGACGAGGAAAUAGAGCUGUCAAAUGUAGAUGUCUUUGGCAGUGACGCUGAAAACACCAAAAACACACUGCAUAGAGCUGCAUGAUUUCUUUAAGAUUUCUUUAAUGAAAAAGAUACCAGCUGCAUCAAAGAUCGGAAAUAUUUCUGCUAAAGAUUGCUCUACUGAGUACAAGAAUGGGACAUUUCACGUGUAUGUAGACAUUUUUUUACAUGCAUCUGUUUUUAUUUUGUUUGAUCAUUCAUUGAUGGUGAAAAUAGAAUGUCUUUAAAUGGUGGACAUGACAAAACCUAAAUAUUCUACAAUUUAGCAUUGUUGAGAAAAUGAUCGAUUUUGAGUGUGACAACUCUAUUUCUGCUUUAAUAAAUAUAAAGUUUAAUUGUGAAAUAUCUUGAAAUACUUAUAUUUAGACCAUAGAGAGCCGUGAAAUAAGCAAUUUUUACUGUGAAAAAAAAAAAUACAGCCCUAAUUAUAUGCAUAUACACAACAUUUAGAUGUGCCUGUCCACUGUUCUGUAUUGUAUCUGGUCUACCUGUCUGCCUCUAUGCAUUUCACUAUUCUCCAUAACAAGUUUGGGACAAAAUCAAAAAUAUGUAGCUAUAUGUGCUGCUAUAAAGAGACAACAAAACACAUAAAACACAUGUACAUUUUGCUACUUUAAAAAUUGUUACUGGUAGUAUUUAGCAGACCGGAGUUGGAAAAGUAUUUUGGAAAGGUAAAAUAACCAAAAACCCUGUAUAAAUGUCCAUAAAACCUGUGGCUGUGCACACUUCUGAGUACAGAAAAACAAAUUGUCAGUCAGUAUUUAUUUGAUUGCUUUAAUGCUUGCUCUCUUACAACUGCAGACCAUCUGGUAGAGACAGACACAU